AGCCAUUCCACUUUCAAACUACAAAGCUGUACAGACUCGUAGUGAGGUGGUCCGCCUACCCGUCUCCGGCACUCGCUCGAGAGAGUGCCAUGGAGAACUUAAUGCAGUCCUUUCCGGAGCGGGCCUAUGAUGUGACGAAUUGGAUAGAAGCUCUGAUGGGUGUUUGCUGCUGCUUGAUCACAAGGAAAACCUUGGAGCUUCAAAGUGAAGAGGUGGUUCUUCGCACGCAGAAUUGCUGCUGCAGCAGCUCGCAGCGGCGACCCUACGCUCAGCUGACCCUGCUGGAGGAAAGAUCGUUGUGCUGUGGAACCUGUGCGCAGAUCAACUCGGAUUUAGCCCCUGUGAAUGACAAGGGUGAAGGCGGCAUUGUUCCCGGCUGCGGCUGCUCCAGUCAGCUCGUGCGUGAAAUCGUUCACGAGCUGAACUUGAGGAAGGAUGGUCGCGGGAAAGUCGCCCAGAUGAGGCAACAGAAGUUCAUGUUGGAGAAGAUCAGCAAGAUGGCGAUCCAGUUUCCAGUCCUGUUGACUCGUUUGGGGGUGCAAUACCCUCCAGAUGAAGCCACUCUACGACGGAUCUUCGACCACACUCCUUUGAUGCGGCCUUUGGCAGAGGUGGCCUAUGUGGCACAGAAUCCGGAGUUCCCGGCUCAUCAGUAUGAUGUCACCUGCUGCUGCGACUCCUUGUGCUGUUCCUCCAAGCUCUUGGAAUUGGCCCCGGAUGAAGCCGUCUUGACCACGCGGCAACACCUCACAGGCAGCGUCAUCACAAGCAGAGUUCCGUAUGGAAACAUUCAGUCAGUGGACGCGAUGCAGUCCUGUGGAUGCUGCGUGGCUCUGGAAGCCGGGGAGCUGACGAAACCGCCGGGACGUGCGGAGCACAUGCCGAUUCAACCCGGCUUCGGCUGUGAUCGAGCCUUGGUGGACACCAUUCGUGAGGAUAUGCAGGCCAGGGUGGAUGUGCGUGGCAACGUGGGGCAGAUCAAACAGUUAGAGAAGAUGAUGGCCAAGUUCGGUGACUUUGCGACGGAGAUCCCCCUGAUGCUUGACAAAGUUGGAGCCGAUACCUCGUACCCGCCCUCGCAGCAGACCAUGAGCGCCGUCUACGGCGAGCAGGGGCCUGAAAUUCAACCGCCCAGCAGUUUGCCGCAUGAGGUGCCCAGUCAAACCUUUCAGAGUCGACACUUCAACGUGCGCAACGAGUUUCUGAACUGCUGCUGCCUGGCGGUGACCUGUGGUCUGGCUGGCUGCACCACGCGCGAAAUCAACUUGGAGUCUGAGCAGAUGGUCACAACCUCCCGCAACAACUGCUGUAGCUCCAUCGACCGCAAGCCCUAUGCACAGCUUCGAGCAGUGGAUGAGGAGAUCGUGUGCUGCUGCUGUCACAUGGUGAACGGCAUGGUUCCGGGCUGGUGCGGCGAUACGGACCGUGUCCGCGACAUUGCCCAAGAACUCCAAGCGCGGAAGGUGGGCCGCGGGAACAUCGCACAGCUGCGAAACCAGGAAAACACCAUGAUCAAGGCUUUAGAAGCCGACAUCCGCAUGGACAUCCUGCUGAAGAACCAAGGGGUCGCUUAUCCUCCUUCGCAGGAAACCAUGCAAGCCGUGUAUGGACCAAACCCACCCCAAUUGCCGAGUGCAGGAGCUCAACGAGGAGAGGCAAUGCAUUUGAGUGCAUCAGAGCAAAUGCCACAGAGAAGCUUCAACAUCACGAAUGCCUGCGACUUUGUGUGUUGUUGCUGCAUGACCACCAACCUGGAACUCAAUGAUGAAGAGGCGAUCUUCCGCCAGAAGAGCUGUUGUUUGAAGUCCGUGCGGCGCGAGCCCUAUGCACAGUUGGGCUCCGUAGAGCCCGCGCGGCUUUGCUUCGGAGCCUGUGUGAACGUUCACACCGAUCAGAACAUGGUGUGUCCGGGCUGCGGUUGCAAUCAGCGGUUGACACAAGAGAUCUCCGAUGAAUUGCAGCAUCGCAAAGUGAAGCGUGGAAACAUUGCACAGAUUCGGCAGCAGGAAAAUCUCAUGCUCGAGAUCAUCAAGCUGGGUACAAAAGCCGACCUUUUAUCUCAUAAACUCUCUGUGCCAUUCCCACCUCCUCAAGAGAUGAUGCAGUCUACCUUUGGUGGUCAAGGUGUGCCAAUGCCAGGCGAGCUGGCCGACCAGAUCAUGACGGUCACAGUUCCCUUCGGCUUAAGAGCGGGCGAUGCCUUCGAGGUAACGGGGCCCAAUGGCAGGUUUCAGGUCACCGUUCCAGCCGGUGUCGUGGAGGGUCAAAGCCUUGUGGUUCGGAUUCCUCCACCACCUGCUGGCGAUCCUGGGGAAUCAGAGAUGAUCCCGUUUAUGACGGCUUCGUGAGAUCCCUUCCUGUUGGCUUCCAGCGAUCCCGAGACCAGCUCGACCCGCCGGAUGCGUUGCUGCCACGGUGUUCAUGCGUUGCAUGCGUUGCUGCCUCCAUCAUCUCCAGCGAUGGGGAUCCGGAUUGCUGAACAAAUGGAAUUGAC